AUGAGAAGUGUUCCUCAACAGGUAUGCUACGCCGACAAGAAGGACAUGAUCACCUUGGCGUUGAGUUUCUUUUCUGCCGUCGGUCUCGGUUUUAUGGCACCAAUCAACAUUUAUUUCUUUCUUACACCCGUUCUGAAUAUAUUCAUUAAAGCAGAAACCCAAGGAAAUAUCAUGGCUUCUGAAAUAGCUUCCCGUAACAUAAUGGCUAAAAUUAAGACUGCCUACCUGUCAAAGAUGCUGUCGAUAGAGACUGCCUGGUAUGACAAAUCUCAAGAACAGUUUGUUUACACUGUCUCACAUGACUUACAGAAGAUGACAAUUUUAUUUGACGCCGAAAUGACAAAUGCAGCAGAAAUGUUUUCCUUUUUUCUUUUUGGUUGCAUAGCUGGGAUCGUGGUUUCUUGGAAGGUUGCACUCCUGACCCUAGGAUUGAUGUCAAUCGGUAUCAUGGCCCUCUACUUCGUACUCCAAGCAUCAAAGAAUAAGGGAAAAUUGCGACAAAAGUACAUUAGAAAAUGUACAAAACUGGCUACUGAAGUACUCAGUAACGCCCGUACUGUGGCAGCAUAUGGUGGCGAAUAUAAAGAAAUUGAGAGGUACUGUUAA